UUUGGCAUUGUGGCCAGGGCUGUCACAUCUUCCAUCAGCACUGAGAUGACAUAGACCCGUUAAUUUCAUUUCAUUAAUUAAUUUUGUGUUCAUUUUAGAAUAAUUUUCAUGCACUGCUCCUACUAAGAAUUAAUGCUUGCAAAUUUGAAAUAUUUAGCAUUCGUUUUAACGCAUUUGCAUUAAAAAGAACUGCUGUUUUCCUGUGAAUACUGAUUAAUAAUUGGUUGAGAUCUUCAGUUUGUAUACAUAAAACCUGGAAAAAUGAAUGAUGUAACUCAAAGAUAUUUUUUGAAUCCAGACGCUGUCAGCAAACACUUGUACUGUUCAAUAUGUCAAGAUGUUUUUAAUGAACCACAAAGAGCGCCUUGUGGUCACAGUUUUUGCAAAUUGUGCAUUCAGCAGUGGUUAAGACAAAGCAAGACAUGUCCAGAAGAUAGAAAACCAUUGACAACAAAGCAGUUACAUUAUGAUUUUAUUCUUGCGAAUAUCAUUGGUGAUCAAAUGGUUGGUUGUCCGUUCAGAACAAAAGGUUGUGAUUUUGUUGAUAAGUUAGAGAAGCUAGCUUCUCAUAGAAAGAGCUGCACCUUUAAUCCACUGAAUCUUCCAGCAUUCAUGAAAGAAAACGAGGAGCCAAAAUCAUUUAUUCUUGAGUCUAAUGGCGACGAUGAUAAAUUACCAACGCCAGCAAAACCAUCCCUUAAAAUGCGACUUUUCUGUGACGAAAACAAAAGAGACUUAUUGCGUUCAGUGUUCGAAAGUCGUGAAAAUAAGCCGUCAUCUUCUGCCGACAGACGCGAAGAAAAAUUUAACAAUGUGUGGUUGGAAAAAUCGAAAUGCGCAAAAACUCGAAAUAGUAAACGCGUUAACCUUAUCUCUAUCGAUGACAGCUUUGACGAGUUGCUAUAGGAUGUGACGAAUACACUGAUGUUUAAAUAUAAGCAUAAUAACGAAGUUGAGCGCUUCUGAGCACACAGAUCAAUUCGAACGUUUUUUUUACAGAACCUGUUUUUGCUAAAAUUUUGAUAAAUUCCAAUGUUGGAACAGAAUGUCUCCUAGGCUUUGAAAAGUAUGAAUAUCUUAAACAUUUUGAAUUAAGACUACCCUUCAAGGUAAUUAUAUGGCGGAACACAAGACCAGGGUGUAUGGCAACUUGUUUAUCAAUUUAUUGUUUUAAAGGUCACCCAGACUGAUUUCCAGAUAUUUAAAGUCCGGAAAACACCCUGGUAGUUCUUUGAAGAUAAAAGUCUCUGAGCCAUAAAAUAGAACUAUUCCCCCCAAAAGUCCCAGCGAAUGCUUGACAUUGGUAAUGACUUUUGUGUUUGCCUCCGUUGUACUAGGAUUUUACUUGUUCAAAUAACUUUUGCUUAAAAUACCUUACAAAUAAGCAAAAGUGGAUAAAGAAACCCUUGAAACUGUUAAAAGAUGGUAGACACAGUAAAGGUUUUUUUUCAGCUUCCGUAGAUACAGAAGACAUAGAGUCCAUCUCUCGUGAAGACAUGUUCUCUACUAAUACAUGAGAUUAGCGCAUGAAAAACCUCUAAACUUUCUGUAUACAACACUUUGAUGUAGUAAGAGAUUUUGGGACGUGCUCAUGCUGAGAAAGCGUGUUUUCGGAGUUUACGUUAGCUAUAGUCCCUGAAUAUCAUUGAUGUUUAAAUGUAUUGGUAUUUCAUUCGAAUUGUGAAUAUUUUAAUUUUGUAAAUUUAAUAAUAAUGUAGUCUUUUUAAA